CGUGUGUGGGAGUACCAAUCGACCAGCGGUCUUUUCCUAGUAUUGGGCGAGAUCGAGAAGAUCACCCGCCCGCAGCGAGAGAGAGAGAGAGAAAGAAACACCGGGCUGGCGUGCGGGUACGUACGCGAGCCGAGGGAGAGCAGGCAGCCGGUGAAUGGUUAACGAUAUACCGUAUUGAUCCGGCGUGCCUGAGCUGAGUCAGUGUCUCCUCGCUGCCAGACACGGGCGCGCUACGACGCGACGACGAAGGCUCGCGCUUAAGCCGUAGCCGUCUGCUCGCGCGAGUAAUCGCCGCUGAGGAGUGUCUUGCUGUGUGGGAGUAGCAAUCCGUGCGAGUCCGUCGUUCAUGUGCGUAGCGGCAAGUACAACGCCGACGCAUGAUCUUGCCUCCCGCUGUCGCAUAGAUCUCUGCAUCUAACUGCAGACGCACUGCGUGCUGCAGAUAUCCGUCGCAGGAAUAUCUGUAACUGCAGACUUCUUUUUCGAAGAGUCUGCGAGAUAUCUGUUACGAGUCUGCGAGCUCGAGAAAGCGUUGUUGUCUGAUGUAGAGGAGGAAGUGUUUUUAUGAACGGGAGUUUGUAUGAGCGUGGCAAACAGUGCAGAGCCGGUGUAACGCCGAGUAUUUCAUCAUAAGUCUGCUGAACGCGGUACUAGGUAAGCGGAAGUACAGCUGACCUAGAUAUUCACGGAAACCUAAAGGUGUGACAGCCAGGACAGAAAUUCCGAGCGCAUCUCGUCGUCGAACUGAGCAAAGUGUUUCAAGUCGAGAUCCAGAAGUACCGUGCACUGCGCGGAGACGACCGCUAAAGCCGUGUUCGUGUGGAAAGCAGACCUACUCGCUAUCGACUAUCUACAGCAGACAGUGUUCCGCCCCAUCAAGCAGCUUAACUAUCUAUUAAGCGUCUCUCUCUCAGUCUCUCCCUCUCUCCUACGUGCUUACUCUGUCUCUGUCUCUGUCAUUGUCUGGGAACCUAAGGAGGAGACCCCAGCCUAAAAAGGAACGCACGCGAAUCGGCAGGUUAUCGAGCGUUGCUAACGGCAACAGCGGCGGCGCCGCGCGAUUGAGCACGCCAUCAAUGCGGACGGACCGUGCGGCGGCGACGACAACGCUGGCCGCGGUGCCGUGAGCGCCACCUGCCCCGCGGCCCAGCAUGAGUGCUGCCGACAGCAGCGACGCGUUCGCUGACAACAACCUCCCGAUCAGUUUCUCGAACCCGAACUACCAGCUGGACGAGGCGCUGAGCGGCGGCGGCGGUGGCGGGGAGAUGCGCUGCGCGGCGGACGACGGCGGCGAGAUCGGCGACGACUACGACGACGCGGAGAUCUACGAGGACGUCGACACGGGCACGUUCACGCGCGACUCGUCGGUGAAGAGCCGCCGCAGCUACAACCACAUCGACCUGCCGUCGAUGGGGCUUGACCUCACAGCAGACCCGACUGCAAACCUCCCGUCGACGCCCCACCUCAGCUCGCCGGACAGCGUUGCUGCGGGCGACAACGCCGACGAGCGCUUCCGGUGCUACCGUGGCAUCGAGUCGAACCGCAACGAGGUCGACGAGACGACGGUUGCCGUCGACGACGGCAGCAGCACGGUGGGCGAGAACAAUCUGAAGAACAUUAGCGCAGAUAGCAACGUCGGCGGUGACGCGGCCGACGAGGAGGAGAGCAGGAAGAUCGAGUACGUGCGCGGGCCACGCAACGACGACAUCUACGCCGUCGUCAAUAAGAAGGUGAAGGCCCAGCUGGCGCACAGCAAGGAGACGGAGAGGGCCGUCUCUCCGAAGGAGGAGGACAGCACUGACAGGCAGCGAGAGGAGGGGGAGGACGAGGAGGAGAAGCAGCAGAAGGAGGAGAAGCUGCCUGCAGGCUGGGAGAAGCACGAGGAUGCCGACGGCCCCUACUACUGGCACAUCAAGAGCGGCACGAUCCAGCGCGAGCCGCCGCCGCCGCAGCCAUCCGCACCGCCCACACGCCCGCCCGCCGACGUCUCGCCCGCGCCCCCUGACGGCCGGCAGUCCGCCGAGACUGCAGCCGAACAGGAGGAGAAGCCCGCGGCAACGACGGAGGAGGAAGCGGCGGAGGAGGGCGAGGGGUCGCCGCCGCCGCGGCAGGUGCGCUUCGCCGUGCAGUCGCUUGGCUGGGUCGAGAUCUCCGAGGACGACCUGACGCCGGAGCGCAGCAGCAAGGCGGUGUCGCGCUGCAUCGUCGACCUGUCGCUCGGCCGCAACGUCGCGCUCGACGUCGUCGGUCGCUGGGGCGACGGCAAGGAGCUCUACAUGGACCUCGACGACCACAGCCUGAAGCUGAUCCACCCGCACGACCUUGCCGUGCUGCACGCGCAGCCGAUCCACUCGAUCCGCGUGUGGGGCGUCGGCCGCGACAACGGCCGCGACUUUGCGUACGUGGCGCGCGACCGCACGACGCGCGUGCACAUGUGCCACGUGUUCCGCUGCGACUCGCCGGCGCGCACCAUCGCCAACACGCUGCGCGACAUCUGCAAGCGCAUCAUGAUCGAGCGCAGCCUCGCGCACAACCUUGUCGCGCCGCCCGCUGCGGCGCCCCCUGGCGGCAUCGUGCGGCGCGCGCGCCCGACCAACCUGCCGACGCAGAACCGGCGCGGCGUGCGGCCGGGCAGCGCGCCGCCGCAGUCGUUCCCGACGCCGAUGGAGGAGCCGAAGAAGCAGAUCCGCGCGCACUACCUCGGCGCGACGCAGGUCGCCCGGCCGAUGGGCAUCGAGGUGAUCAACACGGCGAUCGAGCGCAUGAUCCACAUGUCGCCGCGCGAGAUGUGGUCGCUCGCGAACGUCGCCGUCGCGCCGUCGGUGAUCACGGUCGUCGACGCGGGGAACCCGGAGCGCGUGCUGCAGGAGUCGCGCGUGCGCUACCUGUCGUUCCUCGGCAUCGGCCGCGAGGUCGAGUACUGCGCGUACAUCAUGCACACGGCGCAGGACCUCUUCAUGGCGCACGUGUUCCACUGCGAGCCGUCGAGCGGCGCGCUCGCGAAGACGAUCGAGGCGGCGUGCAAGCUGCGCUACCAGAAGUGCCUCGACGCACACGCGCGCGACCAGGAGGAGCAGACGCCGCCGACGACGCCCAAGAGCAUCGGCAUGGCGAUCAAGGGCAUGCUGGGCUCUCUCGCUGGCCGCAAGAAAAGUAGUGGCAACAGUAGCUAAGGGGCGCCGCGGCAGAGAGCGAACGAGGUGGCCUCUUGUUUGCGGUGCGGCGGGGGGGGGGGGGGGGGGGGGUCGUGUACUGCCCGAAUGGAAGAGCCUCCUCCCCAUGAUGCAUGUUGCCUACAGAGAGACUGCGCGUGCUCCGGCUCAGCCAGGAACAUGGUUGCCGCACAACGCACGCUUGCCACCACCAGGAAAAGGUUGAAAGAGCCUGUUCAGAGAAAUCAACAAGUUAACAAUGGUCGUUUGACUGCGCUGCCGGACGCGGAUACAUAGGUGGCGUCGGCAGUCGCCUCACUAAGUGACGCUGCCUCAUGUCUUGCGCGUCUCAUGGAGAAAAAUCGCUUAGCUUCUAUAGAGUUGGUUUCUUUGCCCCAUUUAACGAGUCCAAGGGUGCUGACCUGUGUUUGUUUGUGCAACAUAAGACUGCGCUACACGUUUACGCAGUCACCACUAGAGGGCGGUGGCCUGCAUCGUGCAGGAAGUAACCGGUGCGUAUGUUUUUGCUGAGUACUCCAAACCCUCCAUGUGUUUAUGGUAUAGAUAUCUUUGUGAGAGAGGUUUUUUCCAGGGGGCUUGAGUUCCGUCGUAUUUUUACGUUUAUGUCUAGGAAAUUGUAUUGCAUUUGUACAGUGUACAAUUUUCAUAAGAAGAAUCUUAUUUUGCUAUCGAGUUGCAGUAAUAUUUUCCGUUGGUGCUACGAAGCAACACAUUAGGUAUUUUUUGCCAUUCGGCAGCUUGGAAAGUUGUAAGUGAUCGGGAUAAAAUUAUUAUUAUUAUAAAGUGUGAGUGCUGUUCGAGAAGACUGUGUGUGUGUGUGUGUGUGUCUACAUACUUACCAGACGUUGAGAUGUUUAAUUAUUGAUGUGGAACCCUCGAGGCUGUAUUUAAAAGUUCGAUGAAUUCUGCCACUACACAUAGUGGUUGUGUGCAGUUGGAUGGAUACUCGAGAUGUACUCCUCUUCAAAUAUGGAUGCGUGCAUGUAUACGCGUGCAUACAGUGCCGACGUUGAUUUGCCGACAAUCUGAUUAUUCUUGAAGUUCGCAUCAAUAACUCACCACUGUACAUUUCACUGCGUGUCGUUGCUAUGUGCUCUCGCAUACAUAAGAUCAGGAGUGAAUAAUAGAGAUUCUUUUAUUAUUCACUCCUGAUAAGAUAUAGAUACGAUCACGUCACUUUGCAAACGGAUUUGCAUUUGCAGCGUUGCGUAUUUGUAUCUAAUACACGGAUGGGCAAUAUACCUUAUUAUCCACGUGCUAAUCGUAACACGUUGUUCGUGAAGAUAUAUUCGCGUGUUAUUUAAAUUUUGACCCACACUUUCAUUGAUUCGUGUAUAACAGUUGAACGUAGAUGCCAUUGUUCUUCCUAUAUAGGAGCACUAGCAAAUUGUCCUCACUCCUGUUUCUGUGCAUAGCGUAUGUACGUGUAGAUUCUUGCGCGCUGAAUUUUCCGUGCAUGUCGCGAAAGAUGGGAGAUUGCACUAGUAAUAAAUUUAUUAGCCUUA